GCAGGCGGUUGCAGCAGAACCGGCGCCCGAAGGAACCAGGGAGGGUGACUUCGUCAUCCUCUGGGGUAGCUACACGCAGGUCUUCGGAGUGGUCCUCAAGCAUGGAGACAUCACCAACAAUCGCUUCGGCAAUUUCCACCACGAUGAAAUCAUCGGGCGCCCGUUUGGGAGCAAAGUCCGCGCACGGAAAGGCGGGCUCUGGCUGGCGUUGCUUCGGCCCACCCCUGAGUUCAUCACCCAGAGCCUCACGCACCGCACGCAGAUCGUGUACCACGCAGACAUUUCGAUGCCGCCGUGCCAAGUUUACGGCAUUCUCCCUUCCUCAGUUGAUCUCAACUGGACUUAUGGCGUGUGGCUUCGCACUGACUAGACAUGCCGUUUGUUGCUCGCUUGUAGUAGCAGUUGUUGAAAUCUAUGGUGUGCUGCUGCCGGAGAACUGA